UGACGCGAUACAUUUUAAUUACAAUGAAUCUUUUAGAGCAUAUUUUUGGGUGCGAGUUUAUUAUGCGUUUAUGAAAGGAAAUAAUAAGCUACAGAAAUAAUUUAACUGAAUUUGAAAACAAAAAGAGCAAUGCUACAAGAAGAAUCGUUUAAAGAAUCUGACGAAGAGGAGAUUGUUAAGGAUCAUCACCCUUCCAGUUUACCAUAUUUGCAAGGAUCUACAUUUGCAUCUAUUUUGGAAGACACAAUAACUGAGCUGCGAGUACUUAGUGAAUGUAACAAUGAGCUGCGUAUUGCGAAAACAAUUUCCGACAUGAAGUUAUUGAUAGCCCUGAAGUACGGCGUCAGACAGCUACCAGUGACAGACGAGCUGGAGUCUAUAGAUCCUCAUAACUUAAAUUGCAAUAAAUAUAAACUGGAUAAGUUGGCAGCGGACAGGAAGUAUUUGUCUGAUGUUUUAUCUUCUACUUACGUCGGAUUAUCUGUCAAUCGCUCCUUUGAACCUUUGAAGGAAUAUGUAAAGAAAUGGUUGGACGAAAAAACCUAUAGAGCGACUUUAGCUGAAGAUGAGAUUAGAAAUAGAGGAAUACGCCACGAUUUGAAUAAACAAUUGCGUCAACAACGUAAUUAUAUAAAGACGAAGAUUUAUGAAACCGACGUCACUAUUGACGAGCUCAGAACAACUGUUGAGGACACAGGUCUAUAUUCUGAGACUCGGAGCCGGUACGUAGAGAACUGGCAGCGGGCGCGAACUGAACAGCACCUGCAGACCAUUUACGACAAGGAGAUCGUGCCCUCCCGAGUCAUCGAAUAUUUCAAGCAGCGAGCGGACUAUGAGCAGCGUGUGCACGCAGAAGUGGAGCUUCUCACUAACAUACGCAUCAAUGAAACAUUGGAAAAAGUGGAAUCUUGGAUGAAUAAGUACGACACUGACAUGGAAGCCAUUGACUUAAAGAUACAAUUGAAGAAGAACGAGUACCAAGACAUGUUCGACCGUAGAGUCAAUCUGGAACAGACGCUCGAGAAACACGAUCAAAUGAUGAAGGACUGGAUACACUUCAAAGAGGAACGUGAGAAAGCUCGACUUUACCGGGAGAAGAUGAUGAACUCGGCUAUCAUCAUACAAGCUUGGUGGCGAGGCCUGUUAGUACGGCGUCAGCUUGGACCAUACAAAGUUAAAAAGAAGAAAGGUGAUGCAGCAAAGAAAAAAUAAGCGUUCAUAAUAGUAUUAAUUUUAGAAUGAUAUUUUUUGAAAUACAAUUAUGGUUACUUCAA